AGCCCCCACGACUUCCCUUCCCAGCCCCUGUACGGUCCCGACCUCCCGAACCCCAACCCCGCGCUGGUGGGGGGGUGGGGGGGAGGAGAAGAAUUCUAGGUUCGAAGCCCCCCGACGCUCCCUCCUUUCUCCUCUGACUUUUCUGCUCCCUGUUGUAACAGGGGAGGGUGAGUGGGUGUGUAGGGAGUAGAGGAAGGCUUGGUUGGGACGCCCUUGGCGUGGGGAUGGAUUGAGAUUCGCCUGCUCCCUGGGGCUCAUCGCCCCAAAUGCAAGAACUUUUUGUUCUCUGACCCAGUUGGGAGCGUUCUAGACUGCCUGUGAAAUGGAGGACAGGAGAAACAUUUUCUUCCCAGGCCUUCUUCCCCAACUCUCCCCCCUUCCCCCCAUGACUACCUUCUGGCAACCACAACACACGUAAAGAAAACUGGCAUUACUUCUGGGGAGCAGAAGUCUUUGGGAAUGAAGAGUUGAGGAGAAACUGCCCCUCUGUUCCUCUCCGCCUAGCCUUACUUAGAACACCAACCAGGAAAGUGAGAUUCGAGUCCUCAAAUCAUUGGUGUUGCAUCCUAGUAUGAGACUUCUAAAAAGAAGACUCAAGCUGAGACCUGCUUGGUAAUGUGGGCCCAGAUCAGGACAUCUUUUAGCCUGUGAACCCUCGCACCAUAUAUCUUUUGGUGCAGUGCCCAGACGUUUUCCUUUUUGUAAGUUGUUCCCAAUGGUCUAAACUACACGAGUGAUUCCCUAAACUGGCUGCACCCUGAGAACUUUUAAAAACUACUGAUGAGCCCCAGUCCAGACUAAUUAUUCAGAAUGGGGAGGGGGGUAGACUGGUUUUUAAGUUUCCCAGGUAAUUCUAAUGUGCAUUCUGAGAUAAGAGCCACUAUUUGACUAUUUCACCCAUAAGAUAUCAUCUGUGAUUUCCAGUUUCGGUUACUUUAAAGUGGAUUGAGCACUUAGGCACUUUUGAAGCACUCAGAGGUUUUUAAGACCCCUCCCAAUCUUUUGCAGUUGUCUUGCCCACUCCCAAUUCAGCAGCUUUAAAAUGUGCUCUGCUUUGUAUCAUGUCUUUCCAAAGCAUUUGGCUUAAUUUUUAUAGGAAUAAUUUUUAAUGCAGUAAUUUUUUCUUAAGUAUAUGCGUUGUUUAAUUACAUUAUAUGAAUACAGAAAAAAACAACUGGCACAAAAAGGUCUGGAAUCACCCACAAGUAGCCAUGCACACAGGGCAGCUGGAGGAAGCAGAAGGUGCACUAGAGAGUAGCGUACUAGCCUCUAGAAUUCAGCUCACUGUAGGUAUCAAGUAUGUAAUACAGUGGGCCAGUGAAACCAGGCUCCUAGCCCAGUUGAGCACCCUUCCCUUCCACUUCCUCCAACUAAUACCAUCAAUACCCCAGUCCCUUCUAGACCUAUUCGUCCACUCUUUUUAUUCUUUUCACAUCAACAUGUCUGUUCAUCUUUAAAUGAUUACCACCAUUGCCUUGAUUAAGUUGGGAAAACAUAAAGCAGAGGUUCUUAACCUGGGCUUUUGGGCAAUGAACCCCCCUGAGGAUUAUAUACAUAAUGUCUAUCUCUGAGGGACAAAAAUCAGAAAGCACCAUGCCUCCUAAUAAAGAGGCCAGCAGUCUUAAUAGCUCCCUAGGUGGUCUCAUUUGCCUCCCUCCAAUCUCUGAGGAGCUGCAGCUUGUGUGGACCCAAGCAGCACAGACCAGUGAGCUGGACAGCAAUGAACACUUGCUACAAACCUUCAGCUACUUUCCCUACCCCAGCCUAGCAGACAUUGCUCUUCUCUGCCUACGCUAUGGACUGCAGAUGGAGAAAGUCAAGACUUGGUUCAUGGUCCAGCGCCUCCGCUGUGGCAUUAGCUGGUCAUCUGAGGAAAUAGAAGAGACUCGAGCCCGAGUGGUCUACCAUCGGGACCAACUCCAUUUCAAAUCCCUUCUCUCUUUUACUCAUCAUUCAGGGAGGCCUCUGGAAGAGGUCCCUCCUUCUCCAGUGCCACCUCCAGAACAGGUUGGUCUUGGAGUAGGUACCCUGACUCCUAGUGAGCCCACCCAGAUGAAAGGAUUGAAGGUAGAGUCUGAAGAAUCCUCUCAGAUAACACCACUGCCACUGAGUCACCAGAAAGCAAAGGAGCCCCGUUUGGCACUGGGCAGUGGGAUACUCUCCCACCAAUCAGGAUUUUGGCAGGAUCUUCAUAGUGGUGGCCUUUCUAAGAAGCAGGCAGGCAGCGGUCCUGACCAGUCACAGGGCCUUGGUUCUGCUUCCUGGAACCACUCCACAGCUGUCCACCAGCCACGUGCUCGGGAUAAGCCCCCACCAAUAUCAUUACUUGCCAGUCGUUGUAAGCAGGGGUCAGCAUCUAGUGUGACUCCUUCCUCUUCUACCUCUUCUUCUUUCCAGGUACUGGCUAAUGGAGCUACUGCUGCCUCUAAACCCCUCCAGACACUGGGCUGUACCCCACAGCCACUGUCGCCCAAUGAGCAGGCAUUACCCCCACAUUUGGAGCCAGCUUGGCCCCAGGGCCUACGGCAUAACUCAGUAUCAGGUAGAGUUGGCCCUGCGGAGUACCUUUCCCCAGAUAUGCAACGCCAGCGAAAGACCAAGCGCAAAACCAAAGAGCAGCUGGCUAUCCUCAAAUCUUUUUUUUUACAGUGCCAAUGGGCACGGCGGGAGGAUUACCAUAAAUUAGAACAGAUUACUGGUUUACCUCGGCCUGAGAUCAUUCAGUGGUUUGGUGACACACGCUAUGCCUUGAAGCAUGGCCAACUAAAGUGGUUUCGGGACAAUGUAGUACCUGGUGCCCCUAGUUUUCAGGACCUGGCAACUCCCACACCACCACCGUCAGCUCGUUCUUUGAAUGAAUGGGCUGAGACUCCACCUCUGCCCAAUCCCCCACCCCCACCGGAUAUACGACCCUUGGAAAGGUACUGGGCAGCACAUCAAGAGCUAAGGGAAAGUGACAUCCCUCAAUUGAGUCAAGCAUCACGGCUUAGCACCCAGCAGGUACUGGAUUGGUUUGACUCUCGAUUACCUGAGCCAGCUGAGGUGGUAGUUUGUCUAGAUGAAGAAGAAGAAGAGGAGGAUGAAGAACUGCCAGAAGAUGAUGGGGAUGAAGAAGAGGAAGAGGAGGAGGAAGACGAUGAUGAUGAUGUGAUUAUACAGGACUGAUGGGGGGCUAGGGAGGGGAGUCUGUUACUAAAAGAUGAACCAACUUAGUAACUUUUAAACAAGGAAACCACUUUUUUUAAAUUACCAUGUGGCAAAGAACUGAAAACUUUGUGUUCUUGGGAGUGGAGGAGAGGGGGAUGUAGCAAAGGUGGAGCAGGAAGGACCACAGGGCAUAAAAUGAGGUGGGAAUUGGAUGGGCAGAGACCCAGCUCCCUAUCUCUGAAGAGUGCGCUAAGGAUCUGUUCCAAACUAUGGGGCAGGGAACACGUCUUGCUCUCCUUGUAGCUUCUGGUCUUUACCCUUAAUGUACUACAGAGAGACAAGACCUUAACCCCACAUCUAUAGGAAGAUUGAAAAGGAGGAAAGAAUUUUUAUUCAAUUGAUGAUUCUAGCGCAUCCCCCCUGAGUCCCACCAUUUUCCCUGAAUAUAAAGCUGCCUUGCACCCCUUUUCUUCUCUCUGAGCACAAGUCCACGCAUAAUGCAGCCAAGAAUCUCAGUAUGUCCUACUCUUCUCACAAAUAUUUCCUCUUUCUCAUACCAACUUGACUUUAUGUGGUUCAUUAUUGAGUCACAGAACAGAGUGUUUUCACUUCUGAUGCUGGGAUACUGGGACCACUUUGCCUUGCACCUUUUUUUCCUCUCUAAAAUCCCCAUUCUGCUCACUCUUUGUCUCAGGGUAAAUCUUCCCCGUGGAGCUUGUGAAAAAGGUUAAUAAUUGGGUGGAGAAUAAUUUAGACUGGGUAUUUAAUGGAGGUGGGAAUUAGGGGAGAUGUCUUUACAUGAAGUAGAAUUAGGUUAGAGAGGGAUGGAGGAGAGGGAAUGGUUUCUACUGGUCAGGACGGUGGAGGUGGGUUCCAGGUUUGGUUUUACAAACCUGACACAAUCUGCCCAGCUUGACAGAGACUGAGUUUUUAUCUUUUUGAUGUUGGUUUAAUUUGUGUCCAGAAAAGAGACUUUUUCCUUUCUUUAUAUUGUCUGUCUUGGGGACAGAAGGGUCUUUAACUGAAAUAAUUAUUGAUGUUUUAGAAUGAUUUUCCUCAGCUGAGGUCAGACAUAUAGCAAAUAACAUAUCAAUGGGUUAUUAACCAUCUAAAAAUAAAAAAGUGGAAGCCUCAAAUUGCUAGAAUAAUAAAAAGGCCAAAAAUAAAACUGUUUUUCCUCCACUUUGCCACUUCUAUGGUUUAGAGGUUAAGGGAGCAAAUUCAUUAACAUUUCCAAAUUAGUAUAGUUCUUGCUUUUUGUUUUUUAUGAAGGCUCAGGACAUGUUGAGGUAAAUUAAAAGAUGAAGAAAAACACUUUAAAAAUGCAGGUCAGCAUCUAUCAUCAGGCAGAUUAUUUUCUAGCCAUCAGAUGAUGAUGACUAAAAUUUCUGAGGCUUCAACAGUGACAUUUAGAGAUACACCAGUCUUGGAAGUGAUUCCAUCUGCUAUGGCACAGGCUCUUGCCCCAAAGGGAACAUGUCUAGGAAUAGUUUUAAAAAUAAAGCUCAGAGUUCCAGAAGGGAUAGUGAGAUCCUAGUUCAACUACAAGUUUAUUGCCAAGACCUACUUUAUUUAUGGCAGAUGCCUGCUAUCUUUAUGUUUUUCCAAUAUUUUCACCUAAGGCCUGCCUGCCAGUGGCCCACCUAUUUAAUUCCUCAUUUCUAUCCCUUAGUACCCAAAGUAGAAGACAGGUUUGAAUUAUCUCAGUGUUCUUUGCCUAUUCCACCAUUCUAGAGCUUCUAAUAACAAUAGAGUUGUAGUAGCAAUCAAGGGCAUGUUAUCUACAUUCUUUAGUAAGCUGGAAAUACUCUGUCCCCAGCUGUUAUCAUUUUGACAGAAAGGAAAAUCAACAUAUUUAAUAGUAACUAGGAAACAAUAGGCAAAUAGAAAAAGUGUAAUAAAAUAGGACAAAGAACAGAAAUGUUGCCUAUUAACAUUUGCAAUGGCAAAGUAUAUCCAAAGCUAAAAAACAAAACACAGAAUUGAAACCUGGUUGAUAAGUUUAUUAUCCCUCCCCCUGCAAUGAUGCUAAGAAUUGUUUUAACAACCUUUGUUUCAAGUUGUAGAAAUGUAGGGAGCUACCUCUCUCUUGUGAUAGAAACAUAAGCACUUCCCAAAGACUAGCCUUAUGUAAGGACUGACCACUUUUCCUGAGAGAUGAUAGAGCGUGUAAGGGGUAAAAAUCAAGAGAGACUAAGGUACAGAAUGACACCAGGAAACAAGGCAGGGGUACAUUUUCAAAAGCCUUCACCCCUAAUGGAUACUGGAUGCUACAGUCCGUCCUUCAGCAGUGUGUAUAGAUCAGACAUUGAAGAUGGUCUAUCUGGGGGUGGUCCAUGCUUCUCUCCCCCUGGGUAAUCCCAUUUGCCUCUGUUGUUGGUAGACAGUCUGCAGCAGAGGACAGGAAGAAAUAUACGGGUGUUAUCACAACAAAAAGGGCAAGUAAGGCCCUCUCAAGCUAUAUAUAAAGAUGAUCAGGACAGUAAAUCACCCUUGCUGCUUCCCUAGUUUUUCUCCAUUGCAUGAUAAUUAACUCUCCCAAACUAAGAUCUGAUACAUCCAAUCUUAUAAAGGCUUUGUUGCUACUUAUGAAACUCCAGAGCGUAUCAAUGGUUUAUGGUGACAAAGCAGACUAUUUGAAAAUCAAACUAUUUUAGAAAAUCUGGAAUAUAUGACUGCCAUACCCAGAGAUGAUUACCAGGAAGGCAAAAUUCUUAUACCUCUGAGGAAGGGGUACUUUCUUCAAUAACUUUAAAAUUUUAAAACUUUCUUAUGCAAAUUUUUUUUAAAAAUACAAAAGUAGGAUAGUAUAAUGAACUCACAUAUACCCAUCACCCAACUUCCACAAAUAACUCAUGGCCAAUCUUUCAUUUCUACCUUUCCCACUGUCCCCCCCUCCACUGGAUUAUACUAGGACAAAACCCAAACACAUCAUUUUAUUUCCCAUCCAUAAAUAUUUUCAUGUAUAUCUUCAGAAAAUAAGGACUAUUUUAGAAAACCACAAUAUCAUCACAUCUAAAAAAUGUUAGUAUCAAAUGUCCUGUCAGUAUUCAAUUUUCCUCAACUAUGUCAUGAAUGUUUUUUUGCAGUUUGUUUCAAUCAGGAUCCAAUUAGGGACCACCUAUUUGCAGAUGGUUUAAAAGUUUAAGUCUUUUUAAUCUGUAGAUUAAUCCCUCCAUAUGUGGGGAUCUUAGGGAGAGGUGUUAUUUCCCCAGUGUUACCUCUUAGAGCUUAGGCCCUAAUUUCUUGCUGAUGAAAAUAAAGGCUAUUUUGGAAUAUGGGAGCAAAAAAGUAUUUUAGUAUGAAGAAGCUGUCCCUGAGAUCACUAGGAGCUUGGAAAGGAAGAAGGGCCUAAAUAUCCUCAAAGUUCAAGGUAUGAAGUUCAUUUAAAAGGUGAGACUGGAAUUUUCAUUUAAUAGAGCUCUUUACAAACCUCUCUUUGCAUUCUCAUGCCUUUUCCUCUUGUUGGCUAGAUCAGAAUCAGUCCCAUACAGUUAUCAAACAUUCUAGCUCUCUUGGGAAAAGUGAAAGUAGUUUUCCUUAGUUCAAGCCCAAAAGAUACAAUCCACUGAAAUACUUUGUUGUGGAACUACAAAUACAGUUGUGUCCACAUAUUUUUAUUUCACCCUGGUGAAGACCUCUAAGCUUAAAGACUCUCAUCACUAUGUGACCUAAUUUUUAAACUCCAAAUCAGGAAGCUAAUCUGGAAGUAGGAUAGAACCUUUGAAAUUGAGACCAUUCUGGAAAAUUUUGAACAUAGGGUUACUACACUUGCAACCCAAGUCAUUCUCCCCUAGUUACAUUCUACCAGCCUAACAUGGGGGCAGACAGGUCAUUUAGUGUGCAGGCCUAACUGUGUGAGUUUACAUGCAUAGACAAGUUAGAAUUGUCAGAGCUCACCUGCAGGACCGAUAGCUGGGAAUCAGGAACACUCUCUAGUGGGGUUCUGAUCUCCCUCUGACCUAAAUGAUAGAAUGGGAUGUGAAAUAUAACUUGGACAGUUCCUCAGCAGUGUUACUUAUGCAUCAGGGUAACUAGGUAGUUCUUAAUCUGAGGACCACCAAGAAGGGAAAAGACUAUUAGCUAAGUAUUUAAGAAGUAGGUUAUAAAAUCCAUUCUUUUCCUUUGAGGAUGGUGUGUUGACAGAUCUGAGAUUUGAGUUUAACAGUAGAAAGAUGCAGAGGCAAUAUCAAGAUUUUGGUGAGCUAGGAAAGAUGACAGCCCCCUUAUCAAGAGGACUGGUAGCACAGUUAUCUUUACUGAAAAAGAUGGGGAGAAGAAAGGAUAUUGGUUUUUAAAUUCUCAUUCAGAACUGAGCUCUAAGCAAUGUUCAACAUAGGGACCACAAAAAAACAAACAAAAGCCAGCUUAAUCCUAGAGGCCAACCUUCUGGCUAAACAGUAGGACUGGAUAGAUGAUAGGAUGAGUGCUAUUCAAGCAAAAUCUAGAGCCUUCCUUAGAGGUUUAUUGUUUAGCCAGUGAUAAGGAAAUGAGAUGACUCUUAAAGAAUAUUAAGGAGUCAAACUGGAGACAAUGUUCUUUAGGGGUAAAUCCCAACUUCUUUUCACCUUGAGAAUCAUUUUAGUAUAUGUGUCAACAGUUGAAGCUACCCUCCUUUGGGAAUGUUAUUUAAUUUACCUGAAUUGUUAGGGGUGAGAAGUCUUGUGUGGCCUGAAUCCCCACCAUUUAGGGACGGUAUGAAAGAAAAAAUCCCCUGUCCAGAGGAGGCAGAUGAAGGUCUAAGAAGGAGAAACAAGAGCAUCAGCAGGAGAAAAAUAAAGGUAAAGGUGAAAAGACAUAUUUAAAGAAAGGUCUGCACUUUUAGGCCAGAGGGGAAAAAAAAUCACCUGCUAGUAACUGAGAAUAAAGUCAAAUAAUUCAGAUGCAGAUUAGACACAGUGCUAUUCAACUUUCUCUUUAGUUUGCAGGCAGAUCAUAAACGUCAGUGAUACAGGCCAGUGCAGAAGUAAUCCCAGGGCUGCUGGUAGUGUCAAUGUGAACAGAACCCAAGUGAAAGGAAUCAUAGUGUUACUUACCUAUAAGACAGGCUGUGAGUGGAAGCUGGUGAAGGAGUUUCUAGAAAGCAUAAAAAUGAGCCUGUGAGAUAAUCCAUGGGUUGGAGAAGAGAUUCAAAUAGACUGGGCACCAGGGCAGAGGAACAAAGGAUCAAAGAUUUUAGUAUGUAAAAUCUUUAUACUAAGAUUUGGGGUAUAUCACAAGUGAAAAGCUAACAAAUCACCAAGUAAUGUCUCAUAAGGGUGCUUUCCUCUCCCUUUCAUGAGUUUGUAGACCAGGGCCAUCACUGCCUUGAUAUGCUGUAACAUGUCUGUGUCUUGAUUUCUCCUCUGAGGUGGUAAUUACCAGGAAAAAUGGCUAAAUACAAAGGGCCAUUAAAUUUCCUAGGAGUAAUAUCAGCAAAAAUUGGACCUCCAAAAAUUCUCUCCCCCAUAAAAGCAAUAAGAAAACUGGCCAAAAAUUGCCAGAUUCAACUUUUUAAGAACUCUGAAAAAUAACCAAAGUUUUGCAGCAAUCUGGAGAAUGUUUAUUCAAGAAAUAGUUGAAUAUUGGUACAAACAGCGAGCUUUGUGGCAUUUUACCAUGUUCUAAUCCCAUUUCUCCCACUUCAACUCUAUGGUAGCUUUGAAAACCAAAAGUCCACAGUCAUAGUGAAAAUCAACAGUGUGGCAGCCACUAGAGGGGGAAGAAUAGGAGUUGGAGCUCCUCCAAAGUCUCAUUCCCAGAAAAUUGUCAUUUUUGACCUGUCUAGUGGUUUCCUGGAAAACUCCACUUGCAAGGUUGUCUUUAUUUGAUCUGACCUGGAGCUCAGGGCUCACCAAGUACGAAAAGCCUUUUCCCUGGGGCUGCUUGUUGAAAAAAAUUUAAAGCAAUUGUUUAGGCUACCUGAGGAGGUAGAUAUCAGUUGGGGCAAACAAUAUGGUAACCAAAAAAGCAUAAAAAGAAAAGCUGGGGAAUGAGAUGUGAUUAUAUAAACAAGCCAAACAUGGUCCCUGUUUACUUCUUUACAACAGGCUAGGACCAUGAGCCCAAAAGCCAGCUGAUGCCAAACUCAAAUUCUUACACAUCCAAUUGUUUUAGAUAUAGCCCAAAUAAGCAUGUUUUAACCAUUUAGAGCCCACCUGCUUUGCAUACUCCACAAAAUUGCACCCAACAUAUCCUAGUCAUAGAUGAAACAAACACUGGGACUAUAACAACCCCAAGCUGUUCUGCCCUUCGGAGCUCUUGACAGACUCCUCAUUGUGCUGCUGAGUGGCAUCACUUUGAUGCAUAAGCUUCCUCUGCAAUCUCCUUUGCCUUCAAGAGUUCCCUUUCCCUGCGUCCCCUUCUUAGUGGUCCCUUGCACCACAGGCCACAGCCUCUGGAAGGUAAUUUACUAAGAGAAACUCUCCUAUGCAAGCCAGUCCAAGCACAACCCAAAUAAAGUUUGUUGUGUACUACUGCCACUUUCUGGUUAAAUCUUUUUCUUGAUCAGCCCUGAAAUCCUGAAACUGAUAACAGUUGUCCAUAAGGGCUUUGAAAAGCUCUGACAUGUUCCUGGAAAUCUAGAGGACCAUGUGUAUAUCCAGGGCUAUGCUCAGGAAAGACCUGAGAAGGCCCUAGGCUCUAACCUAGGGCUGACACUGAGGCUCCAUAGAAGCAGGCAGUGAAGGCUAAGACAGAGUUGUCAGCUGCCUGGCUAAGUGUUGAAGUGCACCCCAACAUUCACAGA